AUGGGAGCUGAGGAGCACCCCAACCAUUCAAAACCUCACAGGAGCUGGCAAGCCCCUCUAUCAGUCAACAACGCACGGGAGCUGAGGAGCACCCCUACCAUUCAAUACCUCACGGGAGCUGAGGAGCGCCCCAACCAUUCAAAACCUCACAGGAGCUGGCGAGCCCCUCUAUCAGUCAACAACGCACGGGAGCUGAGGAGAACCCCUACCCAAUCAAUACCUCACAAGAGCUGA